AUGCCUUCAUUAAAAGUCCUCAUCUGCGGCGGCGGUUGUGCUGUUCCAGCUCUAGCCUACUGGCUCUCCAAAUGCGGACACAGAGUCGUUGUGGUCGAGCGUUUCCCUGAUCUCAGGGCAUCUGGUGCCCAGAUUGAUCUCCGUGCUCAGGGAAUCGACGUCGUCAAGCGCAUGGGCCUGCUCGAUGUUAUUCGCAGCAAACUUGUUGACGAGAUUGGGUUCUCCUUUGUGGAUUCCCAGGGAAGGGCAAAAGCCACUGUCAUGGCGAAUAAGUCCGGUAAAGGUACACAAUCUCUGACUUCGGAAUUUGAGAUUAUGCGAGGCGAUUUGGUGGGUCUGCUGUAUGAAGCUACAAAGGAUCGAGUCGAGUACAUCUUCGGCAAACAAGUGGAAUACUUCGAGCAGGAUGACGGCCAGGUUAUGAUUCACUUUUCGGAUGGCACUUCGGAUUCAUUUGAUCUACUUGUUGGAGCGGAUGGUCAAGGGUCCAGAAUUCGACAAGCAAUAUCGACCCCGACGACCGCGGAUCUAUAUACACGACUCAAUGUGCAUAUAGCGUACUAUUUUGUCCCUCGUACAGAAGACGACUCUGACACCAGCCAAAUGUACCUCAUACCAGGCGGUCGAGCGAUCACACGACGGACUCACAAUCAGCAUGAAACUCAAGUUUACUUUAUGGUGCGAGACGAAUCUGAGAAGUUGCGAAGUCUCCCCAAAGCACCCCUCGAACAACAAAAACAGUUUUGGUCAAAUCGAUUUGCUGAUGCUGGUUGGCAAGCACCUCGUUUUCUGGAGGGCAUGAAAACUACUGAGAGCUUUUAUUGUCAAGAAGCGGUCCAAGUCCAUAUCGAAUCCUGGCACAAGGGCCGUGUUGUACCUGUCGGUGACGCCGCUCACUGCGCAUCUCCAUUCAGUGGCAUGGGCACAACCGGGAGCUUUGUCGGCGCCUACGUUCUUGCGGGUGAGAUUAACCGCCAUUCAGACGAUCUCCCCCAGGCAUUUGCCAAUUAUGAGAAGUUGCGGCCGUUCGUCAAUGAGCUUCAGAGAGUGAGUCCAACCUUGAUACGGCUUUUCAUGCCGGAAACACAAUGGAUGAUUCAUAUCAUUCACUUCGUUCUUGGAUUACUUUGUUUUUUGCGUAUCCCGGAUUUGCUGUCGAGGUUUUCGAGUGAAGAGGAAGGUGGUUGGAAGCUGCCAGAUUAUCCUGAGCUUUACAAAAUCUGA